GUUUUCUGGGUGUGCCCAGGAUCCCCCUGAGGGCACCGCGGCAGAAGCCGGGAGGACGGGGGCGCCAGCCAGCCAGCCAGCCAGCCAGCCAGGGCGGCGGGCGGCGGGCGGCAACUCCAACGCCCGGGUCCCCCUGAGAGGGGGCGCCCUGAGCGGAGGCCGGCCCGGAGCGCUCUCCCCCGCCUUCAGCACCCAGCCCCUUCCCCGCGUUGCUCCGGCUCACGUGUGCUGUAAUAAUAGCUCGGGAGCUGCCUGCACCCGGCCGGCUAUUAAUAGGGGCUGGGCGCAAGGAGGAGAUCUUGCAGGUCGGCGCCCGAGCCUGUCGCCAAGCGGGCAGAAGGGAAAGGAGGUCCUCGGGGACUCACUCCGGAGUCGUUCCUGUUGCGGAGUCCUCCUGAUAAAUGUACCCAGCAUGGACCAUGCCCUGUCCAGGCUCUGGCAUCUGCUGUGGAUGCUGACGCUGCUGUACUUGCCUCCCCGAGAAGUCCAUGGCUUCUUCCCCAAUUUCUGGUCUCGCACCAUGGCGUUUGCUCCAGGGUCCAUCACCCACCAGGACAUGACGGAGGAGGCCAUCCUCGCCAUCACCGUGCGGCUCUUUGCAGAGACUCGUCGCCCUGCCAAGGGGAAACACAUCCGAGAGGAGGACUUCAAGGACAAGACCCUCCUGGCUGACGACAUCUUCGCUGCUUUCUAUGGCCCUGGAGUGUCUGCCAAGCGUUUCCGUGGGGCCAUCGCCCAGGUGGCCAAUGCCAACGCCAACAUGGACUUCGCGAACACCACCCGGAACGACCCCAGGCUCCACUUUGACUCGGAGCUCAUCUACGCCACCAACUCCUGGCUCUUGCAGGCCCGCAAGGAGGUCCUUCAGGCCGUGCGCUCGGAGCAGUACGACGUUGCCCGGGAGAAGCUGGGGCAGCUGCUCCAUUCCUUGCAGGAUUUUUAUAGCCACAGCAACUGGGUUGAACUUGGACAUCAACAAAUACACCCAGAUCUGGUCCAGCCAGGUCGUGAAAUCAAAUCUAUUGCAGAAGCUGGCGUCCGGACUUGCAGCGACUGCUCUGCGUGGACGUGUGAGGGAAACCUCGUAGAAAGCAUCCCUGCAAAAGGGCUUCUGACCACUGGUUACUAUGGUACCCAGCCAGAAAAACCCAUUGGGAAGUGCAGUCACGGUGGGAGAUUUGAUGGCAGCAGCCAGAGGGAGCCACGUGGGGGAAUCAACAAGGACAGCUCGUCCCAGUUUUUCUCGCCCCACCACUAUCUGCACCACGAGGCGGCUGCUCUGGCCCAGGAAGCCUCCAAGCACUUCCUGGAGAAGCUGUGGCGAGAAAUGGGGAGCAAGCCGUUCAUGAGGCUACUGGAUAUCAGUCCGACAACAGGCUUGAGCUUCGUUGUGGACACCACUGGAAGCAUGGGAGAAGAGAUCAAUGCCGCCAAGUUGCAGGCACGGGAUAUCAUAGACCGGCGCCGUGGUACCUCGCAGGAGCCCGAUUUCUACCUCUUAGUGCCUUUCCAUGACCCCGGCUUUGGCCCAGUCCAUAAGACUAGUGACCCAGAAGAAUUCUGGAGAAUCCUUGACACCAUCAGCCCUUUGGCUGGUGGGGAUGAGCCAGAAAUGUGCCUUUCUGCACUGGAGCUUGCCCUCCAAAGCUCACCAGCAUACUCUGAAAUCUUUGUUUUUACCGAUGCCUCUGCUAAAGAUGCUCAUCUCAAGAACAGCGUAGAAGCUCUCAUCCAGGAAAAAAAAUGCAAGGUGACCUUCCUAAUCACAGAGGAUCCAUCCAAGACCAGGGUAAAGCGGGAAACACUGGCUCCAGACCGAUUCAACCUCUAUGUAAACCUAGCUCACAGCUCUGGAGGCCAGAUCAUAUUUACAGACAACAAGAAUAUCCAGGAGGUGGCCAAGAUCAUCAGCGAAUCCAGCAUAUCUUCGCCAGCUCUUACAGGCAUUGGGGAUCUGCUUUUCCAGGUGAUUCUCUUCCGCCACCAGAAAGGAAACCUCUUCGCUCUUAAGGAGACUCGCCGGAGGACAAAGAAGCAGGCGGCGGAGCUGGAGGCUCACCAGUUCUGGAUUGACAGCCUGGUGGACAACGUGGUCGUAACUAUCCAAGGGGUCUUCCGAGGCUUUGAACUCCGUGAUCCCACAGGGGCAACCCAAACGGAUGCUUCAGCCCAGGGUUCCUUAGCCAGGAUCCAGUCCAUUGGCGGCAUCUACAGAGCAUUCCUGUCUUCACCUGUCUGUGCUGGCGAAUGGACAUUGAGGCUUUGGUCAAAAGGGCACUACUCUGUGCAUGUCCAGGGUCAGAGCAGCCUUGACUUCCUCUAUUCUUUUGCUGUUCCAAUGGAUGGACCCCACCCAGGGCUUAUGAUGGAUAGUCACCCUAUAGAAGGCUUGCCUACUUAUCUGGUAGUGACGGUGAUGGGCCUGAAUCAGUCGAAGAGUGGCCCCGUUCAACUCGAAGCUGUGAGUUUGGAGGGGAGGACGGGCAGCCUCGGGGAGCUGAAAUUGCAAGCACGAACCAGCCGGGCUGACCUCUUUAUGGCUGAGCUGCCCCAGGGUCUCUUGACCAGCAGCAACUUCUCUCUGGUGCUACGUGGCGUGGACAGCGAGGGGCGGAAGUUGGAGAGGGCUGCUCCUCAAACUGCCACUGUUUUGGGAACCUUGCUGGAGCUGAGCAGAGAUACUCCUGUGUUCCCAGGGAAGCCGGCUUCCAUCUCCUGGAAGGUGACAAAUCCUGGCUCACCCAAGCAAUAUGUCCUGCAAGUGAGCAGUGUCCCCCACUUUCCGGCAAACAUCUCCAGCUCCAGACUGCAGUUAAGCCAUAACCAGACAGCCACAGGGCAGAUCUCCCUGCAGGUCCCUGCUACUGCUGUUCCUGGCUCCCUGCUUACUGUAACCCUGCGGGCCAUCACCCUUCAGCCAGCUGGGGACCCAAGCUUUGCCCAUGUUCAUCUGCUCGUGAUGCCUCUGCCUCUGGUGCAGAGCCACACGGCCCCGCUCUGCAACAUCACUUCCCUGAGCGGCUCCUGUGGCCCGUUGGAGCCUUCCUGUCACAGCCAGCGCUGGAUGGCCACCAUGCGAAUCUGGGACCAAGCCGGCCUCCGCUCAGUGCAGGUGGACGGCGGCCCGGCACUUCCUCGCCAAGCUGACGGGCCAGCGGAGCUGGUCACCUACGCCUCGGACUGCUGCUCGCCAAGUGCCGAGCUGGUGGUCACCAACCUGUUUGGGGAGGAGUAUCGGUGCCAAGUGGCAGCACCGCCCGCUCCCCUCCCUGGCAGGGCAGCGGCAGCAGUGCCCUCUACUGUCGAGAGCGCAGGGCCCGUUGCUGCCGCCACCACCAUGAGGGGGUGGCUACUGCCUGUCCUGGUGACAGCAAAUGGGCUAGGCUUGUGCGACUUCACAUAACUCCACGCUGUCAUUAAGGAUGUGACAACUGGGGGUGCUGGAGCGCAUGGGCAUUCUCCCGACUUCGCUUCGGAGCUCACUCCCCUUCUAGUCUGCAACUGUUCUGGGGUUGAUUCAAAUGGGGAAAAGUUGUUGCAGUUUGAAAAAAUGGUUCAUUUUGGCAAAUCAUGUUUGGGAACUUGAGGACGUUUCUGGAGAGCAUGUGCUGCCAUUCCUGUUUGUGUUCAGGAAUGGUAAAUGGGGCUUCUUCGAGCGAUUUGCAAACUGGAACCAACUUAUCUUGCAUCUCUCGUAAUAAGGUGAGGGCAGAACUCUCCCUGUAGAGGCUGCCCUCUGCUGAGGUGUUGUGAUAGCAGGUGAAUGGACUUGGGGGAAAAUAGAAAAGCUGAACACAAGGGCAGUUCCUGAACUCUGGGCUCCUGUGGAAGAAGCAGAGGAUAUUCCACGAAGGGACUACUGACGCAUAUUGCACUGAAAUUCACAGGGGGGUGAUAUUGUCAUUAUCCCGGAAUCUCAAUUUGAGAAGAGGAAAUAAACCUAGGGUUCGU